UACCUCAUUCCCAACUGUGAUUAAGACACAAUGAACAGGAUCGCUCAGUCCAACUUGUCAGGCUCCAACACCGCAUGUCAGCGAUGUCGGAAUCAAAAGCUCAAAUGUAGCCGCGACCGCCCAAGUUGUGCUCGUUGCACAAGGCAACAAUCGCAUUGUGUCUAUCCAAACCCGCCUGACCGUAGGCGCCCGCGACCUGAACGUAGCUCGCCGAGUAUGACACCAUACCGAGAACACCAGAGGAUUCCCCUCAGCGGCAACGACACUGACUACUCUUCCGCACGGUAUGAAAGACCACGGCCAAGCGAUGGACCGAGUGUGAAUACCGCGUUAACCACAGACUAUACCCCACUUGACAAAGUAUUAUUUCUAAACGGAGCUGCGCCUGCAGGCGCAAAUACAUCCGAUCCACCAGUGGACAUGCCAUUAGAUUUAUAUCCUAGUCACUUACGAAGUAUUGAUCUUGCAUCAGCCAAUGCAAGAGCAACUAAGCAGAGAAAUAGCUCCAGCUCAGAUGGUUUGGCCUUACCAGCGCGUGCUGUGGGCCUCUCUCUGCUCGAGAUUUACUUUACGCGCAUCUACAACGCGCAUCUGUUAUUUUGUAAACCUAUCCUCUUUCAGGAGUAUUUAGAAGGGAAGGUUCCAACUGUUCUCCUGAAAGCGAUCUUCGCGUUAGCUUCUUUAUUCCUCGCGCCUAGACAUGGUGUAGAAAAUGAAUCCAGCGAUCUUUUUGAACUUCGGGCGUUAGGCUUCUUUCAUUCCCGCGGCCUAUCUUGGGCGAAAGCUGCUACAAAAGAAGCCAUGUCCGUAAUCGUGGAGGAACCCUCGUUGGCAGUCGUCCAGACUCUUGAAUGCCUAACAUUAUAUUGGUUUGGUACUGGAAACUCGAAAAGUGGCGAUCUAUGUCUUUCUUUGGCCUACCGUUUCUGCAGCAUCUGGGACUAUGGUAAGAAAAUUACUGAGCGCGUUGAAGAGUUCGACAUAUCAUUAAAAUCAGAGCUGGAGCGUCGGUGUCUUUGGGCUUGCUGGGCGUCUGUGUGUAUUGUGGCAGAACCAAAGCCCUUCGUCAGGUCAGCAUGGACAGAAAUGGCUAUGCGACCAUUACCCUCUUCCAUCUUUAGCACCCCAUCUGGGUGGGAGAUUAGCUUGGGUGAGCGAAUGGAUGCUGAAUGGUCUCCAAUGCCAAGUUUCGAACAAUCAGGAGCUAGACGGACUGCCCCAGCUUUAGUAGGGCUGAUGAAGAUAAUUGGCAUCUGGGCUAAGGUCCAGCUUUUCGUUACCGAUCUAUCGUCCUAUUCCACACCGGCAAAGCUUGACGCCCUUUCAACUCUCUCUGAUCACGCUACUUCUAUCUACCAUAAUACAGCGCCUGCGUCAGGUCGGGUAACUCUGAAGAACACAGCCACAUCUGAAAGCGAUCCUCAAGUCAUGCUCUUUGAUGCCUUUUACUACCUGUGUCAGAUAACUCUGCAUUCGACCAUUGUGCCUCUAUUUUCGGGCUCGCCACUCGAUCCGCAUAUAGAUGCAGAGGUCGUUAGAAGUAGCGCUCAGGCUGCACUGCGUCAUGCAGAAUUGUUUACGACCUUGUUGAUGGACUACUUGGAUAGAGGCUCUGAUAUCACCUGUGUAUCUCCAGUUAUGGGUUACGGUGCUUUCAUUGCAAGCUCGGUCCUUCUAGCAUUUGAAAUCUCAUGUCGAGACAAAGAGGCGGAUGACGGAGAGAGGAGCAAGAUUUCCAUGGUGGAGGCUAUAGUUCGAAUGCUGGAUACCCUUCGCAUCUACUGGAGGUCUCUACAUAGCCCUUAUGAAAAGUUACGCACAGCGCUCAAGGCAGCUUCGUUGCGUCAAGACAGAUCUACGCCAACACAGGUUAAUUUUGAGACCCAGCAUGGUUCAGACUCAACGGAGAGACACCCCAGGAUGAACUCCACACAUCCUAUAAGCCCUGUCUCAUUUUCACAAGCCCAGCGUGAAAGCGUUAGUAACCUAGUACAAAAUCCGCUUACACCAUCAUAUCAUCAUUUGAAAGAUAUGGGUACAAUGGGGUCCCGACAUUCUCAGCCGGUUUUACAUUCCCCACUGACGGGGACCGGCGAAAGCAUAGAGAGAGACGAGGCCGCUGUUGACAACACACUGAUGACUUUAGAAGGUGAGUGGUGGAACUUGCAAUUCGCCGCAGCUGGUAUUGAGUUUGAAGGUUUUGAACCCAUGAAUCUUUUUCGUCAAGGCAGUGAUAGUUUUGGCUAGAUGUAAUCAAGUAUACGUGGGGUUAAUUUACUAGCUCGUUCGAACCUAAAGACUCGAAGUUAUUCCCAUGC